CCGCCUCCCGGUGAGGUGGCAGCCAAUGGGCGGGCGCAGCGGAGCACGCGGAAGCUGGUGGGCGGUGCGCAUGUGCGGGGCGGCCGCGGCGGGCCGGGCCGGGCGGUGAGGCUUAAACCAUCUGUCCUUUGAUCCUGGCAACAGCAACGAAUCUCUGCAGCUUGGCAGCGCUGCUGGCUUGCGGGUGUCAGAAAGCCCAGCCAAGAAUGGAAGUGAUCCGGGCAAGAAGAGGAAGAGAGCAAAUGCUCCUGCAGAUGGUAGCAGAAAUCUAAGCCUUGACUCCAUUCUGAUGGGCUUGCCAAUGUCAGACCCGACUGCCUGGGCCACUGCAAUGAACAAUCUGGGGAUGGCUCCCAUGGGGAUGACAGGACAACCCCUCCUGCCUGAUUUUGAUCCUGCUCUUGGAAUGAUGACUGGAAUCCCUCCGAUCAACCCCAUGAUGCCAGGCUUGGGGAUAGUCCCACCUCCCAUCCCACCAGACAUGCCUGCUGUGAAGGAGAUCAUUCACUGCAAAAGCUGCACUCUCUUCCCACCUAACCCACAUCUUCCUCCUCCAGCAACAAGAGAGAGGCCUCCAGGGUGUAAGACAGUGUUUGUUGGAGGACUGCCGGAAAAUGGAACAGAGCAGAUCAUUAUGGAGGUGUUUGAGCAGUGCGGGGAAGUCAUAGCUAUUCGGAAGAGUAAGAAGAAUUUCUGUCAUAUCCGCUUUGCUGAGGAGUUCAUGGUGGACAAGGCACUUUAUCUUUCUGGCUAUCGCAUCAGGCUGGGCUCCAGCACUGACAAGAAGGAUACUGGGCGCCUGCAUGUAGAUUUUGCUCAGGCUCGGGAUGAUCUGUAUGAGUGGGAAUGUAAGCAGCGGAUGCUGGCAAGAGAGGAGCGCCAUCGCAGGAGGCUGGAAGAGGAGCGCUUCCGCCCACCCUCCCCACCUCCUGUCGUCCAUUACUCCGACCAUGAGUGCAGCAUUAUUGCUGAGAAACUGAAAGAUGACACAAAGUUCUCAGAAGCCAUCCAGACCUUGCUGACCUGGAUAGAGCGUGGAGAAGUGAACAGGAGGACCGCCAACAACUUCUACUCCAUGAUCCAGUCGGCCAACAGCCACAUUCGCAGACUGGUGAAUGAGAAAGCAGCUCAUGAGAAAGAGAUGGAAGAAGCUAAAGAGAAAUUCAAACUUGCUCUCUCAGGGAUUCUGGUUCAGUUCGAGCAGAUAGUGGCCGUGUACCAUUCUGCCUCCAAACAAAAGGCUUGGGACCAUUUCACGAAAGCUCAGCGUAAGAACAUCAGCGUGUGGUGCAAACAAGCAGAGGAAAUUCGUAACAUUCAUAAUGAUGAACUAAUGGGUAUUCGAAGAGAGGAAGAAAUGGAAAUGUCUGACGAAGAAAUAGAAGAUCCAUCAGAGAUGAAAGAAACAGAAGAAUCAGCGCUGGUAUCACAGGUGGAAGCACUGAAAGAAGAAAAUGACAGUCUGCGCUGGCAACUGGAUGCCUACCGGAAUGAGGUGGAACUUCUAAAGCAGGAGCAAGGCAAAGCGAGCAGGGAUGAAGACACAACCAAGGAACAGCAGAUGAAGCUUCUCCAGCAGGCUCUGCAGGGGAUGCAGAAGCAUCUUUUGAAAGUGCAAGAUGAAUACAAAAAGAGAGAAGCUGAGUUAGAAAAAGUGAGAGAAGAAAAAGUAAAAAUGGAAACAUUAUUAGAAAGCCUGAAGGAGCAGCAAAGCAUAGCAGAUGAAGAGGACAAGGAGAGAGAUGCAAUUGAUGGUCAAGGGAAUGAGAGCAGUACAUCCAGAGUUUGUGCGUGCAGCCAGGAGAAGGAGUGUCCAGCUGAGAAGACGUUGAGCAAUAGUCCUGUGAAAUCUGAACGAGAAGUUCUGUUAGUUGGAAUAAUUUCAACAUUUCUUCAUGUGCACCCAUUUGGAGCAAGCAUAGAGUACAUCUGUUCCUACCUGCAGCGUCUGGACAGCAAAAUUUGCACUGCAGAAGUGGAAGUUCUCAUGACUCGACUCCAGAACACGUUCAGGCAGGAGCUGAGUGGGGUUGGGGCCAGUCUAGAGAAAAGGUGGAAGUUUUGUGGCUUUGAUGGAUUGAAAAUGACUUGAGCUUUGACUUAACACUGAAAGCAGCAGCAAGAUAUGUACAUCAAGAAAACCUGGGAUGCCUCUUUCCUCUGUUUGUGAUGAUUAUCUUGCACGCAUCACGGACUUGGGUGGUGUAAGAUGUAAGUGAAACUAAGUCCAGAGCAGCACUGGAAGAAACUUCAAGUUCUGUAGCUUCUUUGAUCAGUUAUUUGUUAACAGGCAAGUGCUGUUCAAUAUAUUUUGUGAAAGAAGUUCAUGUCUGAUAUUUUUAAGCACAGUGUGUUGACUGUAUGUUUUGCUAAUGUUGUAUGUGUUUUGUGUGCCCAAAUUUCUCAUCCUGCACCUUCUUUUUGCUGGUAGGAACAGCCAUAGACUGUCCUCUGAAGCAACAACAAAGAUGCAUUUUCUGGUUUCUAGAACCACCAAAAGCACGGGGGGGAAGCAAUUUUUUUAGACAUUUCUAUGAUUAAAACCGGGUAUGUUUAAACAGA